GCCUCGAGCGCCGGAAGCCGGGGCUGGGACGGCACCGCGCGGCGGCCCCGGGGUCCCGUUAGAGCAGCCCCCGGCGGCUAUGCCGAGGGCCCGGAGCGGCCGGCGGAGCAGGGGGGCCGGCGGGAGGGAGGAAUAGACCUUCCUGCGAGUGCGAGCCAACCGGCAGACCCGGCUGAAUGCUCGGAUUGGGAAAAUGAAACGGAGGAAGCAAGAUGAAGGGCAGGUAUGUCCCCUGUGCAGCCGCCCCCUGGCAGGAUCGGAGCAGGAGAUGAGUAGGCAUGUGGAGCAUUGCCUUUCUAAGAGGGAAGGCUCCUGCAUGGCUGAGGAGGAUGCUGUGGACAUCGAGCAUGAGAACAGCAACCGCUUUGAGGAGUAUGAGUGGUGCGGGCAGAAACGGAUACGGGCCACCACUCUCCUGGAAGGUGGUUUCCGAGGCUCUGGCUUCGUCAUGUGCAGCGGCAAAGAGAAUCCGGACAGUGAUGCUGACUUGGAUGUGGAUGGGGAUGACACUCUGGAGUAUGGGAAGCCACAAUACACGGAGGCUGACGUCAUCCCCUGCACAGGCGAGGAGCCUGGUGAAGCCAAGGAGAGAGAGGCGCUCCGGGGUGCAGUCCUAAAUGGCGGCCCUCCCAGCACGCGCAUCACACCUGAGUUCUCUAAAUGGGCCAGUGAUGAGAUGCCAUCUACCAGCAACGGGGAGAGCAGCAAGCAGGAGGCCAUGCAGAAGACAUGCAAGAAUAGUGACAUCGAAAAAAUAACCGAAGAUUCAGCUGUGACCACAUUUGAGGCCCUGAAGGCUCGGGUCAGGGAACUUGAAUGGCAGCUAUCCCGUGGGGACCGCUACAAAUGCCUCAUCUGCAUGGACUCAUACUCGAUGCCCCUAACGUCCAUCCAGUGUUGGCAUGUGCACUGCGAGGAGUGCUGGCUGCGGACCCUGGGUGCCAAGAAGCUGUGCCCUCAGUGCAACACCAUCACAGCACCUGGAGACCUGCGGAGAAUCUACUUGUGAGCUAGCCACCCCAGGCAGGCCUUGCCUCAAGCAGCCCCACCUGCCGCCUCUGUGAUGUGACCCUAACCCUUGUACAUACUUGCACACAGGUUCCCCAUGUACAUACAUGUACACACACGCACGCACACACACAGGCCUCUGGAGUCAGAGUGGAUGUAGAGGCCCAGGCCCUGCCACACUCCCACCAGGAUUGGGGACCAUACCUGUUCCAGGUUCUGUUCCCAGGGUGGGGCAGGGAGGUGUAGGUGGGGUGGGUAGCAGGGCAAGGCUCCUGAGAUCCAGCCCCCAGACCGACCGACUGACAGACAGACAGACAGACAGACAUGCCAACACCAGACUGAAGCACAUGUAAUAUAGACGUGUAUGUUUACAAUGUUGUGUAUAAAUGGGAUAACUCCCCGCCCUCGCCUCUCCCGUCCCCUUUGGUUGUAUGAUUUUCUUUUUU